CCAAAAAUAUUAUCAUAUAAUUAAACUUUAUUUUAUUUGUAAGUGUAGAAGCGACAAUCGCCGGCAGUGAAACAAGUUUGAAAAGCAUGGAUGUUCGAGGAAAAUCCCGAUUUCUACUGUUGUCCACCUAUAUUUUGAGUUUUAUGGGUAUUUUGCUAUCUCUAUAUGCUUAUUACGUGGAGACGUCUGCAGAAAAGGACAAGUCAUUCAAGGCCAUGUGUGAUUUCAGCAAGAGUGUCAGUUGUUCCAAAGUGUUCACGUCCAGGUAUGGGAGAGGUUUUGGACUUCUUCAGUAUAUUAUAGGGCAUGAUAGCCCCCUGAACCAACCAAACAGUGUAUUUGGUAUGAUGUUCUACGUCCUUCAGAUUAUCUGUGCAUCAAGUGUCCUUCCUAUGUUGUCAAAGUUACAAUUUGUAACAGGAGUGAUGGCAAACUGUGGUUCAGUCUAUCUCGCCUACAUUCUCUAUUUCAUCCUCGAGGACUUCUGUGUUGUGUGUGUAUCAACAUAUGUCAUCAAUGCCUUCCUCUUGGCAUGUGCAUGGAUAAAGUGGAGGAGAAACGGCUCGUUACAGAAGUCAAAGAAAAAACACAAACAGGGCUAAAUAACAGGUGAUAUUCCAAUACAACAGACCACAGGCCAGGAAACGUUUUAUGUUAGUAUAGGACUGUAUAUGUUUGAUCAACAGAGAGAGAGAGAAAUACAAUGCUUUAUGUUAGGACUGUAUAUGUCUGAUCAACAGAGAGAGAGAAAUACAAUGUUUUAUGUUAGUAUAGGACUGUAUAUGUUUGAUCAACAGAGAGAGAGAAAUACAAUGUUUUAUGUUAGUAUAGGAGUGUAUAUGUUAGAUCAACAGAGAGAGAGAGAGAAAUACAAUGUUUUAUGUUAGGACUGUAUAUGUUUGAUCAACAGAGAGAGAGAAAUACAAUGUUUUAUGUUAGUAUAGGACUGUAUAUGUUUGAUCAACAGAGAGAGAGAAAUACAAUGUUUUAUGUCAGGACUGUAUAUGUCUGAUCAACAGAGAGAGAGAGAGAAAUACAAUGUUUUAUGUUAGGACUGUAUAUGUCUGAUCAACAGAGAGAGAGAGAAAUACAAUGUUUUAUGUUAGUAUAGGACUGUAUAUGUCUGAUCAACAGAGAGAGAGAAAUACAAUGUUUUAUGUUAGGGCUGUAUAUGUUAGAUCAACAGAGAGAGAGAGAGAAAUACAAUGUUUUAUGUUAUCAGGACUGUAUAUGUUUGAUCAACAGAGAGAGAGAAAUACAAUGUUUUAUGUUAGUAUAGGACUGUAUAUGUCUGAUCAACAGAGAGAGAGAAAUACAACGUUUUAUGUUAGGGCUGUAUAUGUUAGAUCAACAGAGAG